GGGGCUGUAUGGGUUUGUAUGUACGGGGCCACAGCUGGAAACAUCUACGUGUAUGACCUCAUAGAUGGAUCAUGUGUUCACGGGGACUAUCUCACUCAACUGGGCGAUCAGAUCUAUUUCCACUAUGCUCUCACAGUCUUGUAUUGUGGACUUCCUUCUGCACUUCUGUUUGUCUUCAACAUCAUCAUACUCUACAAACUCAAGACGAACGCAAGCACAAUGAAAAAAUCCAGUCGUCAAUCAGCUAUCACAAAAGUCCUUCUCCUGGUCUCUUGGGCUUUUUUAUUCUUCACAGCUUGUUCGGCAAUUCCAAUCUACCUGGUUUUGUUCUACUUGAACCCUAUGUUGGAUCCUAACACGCCUGAUGAUAUAGAACACGAGAUAUCUAACAACAUCUUGUUGGCCGUGGAGCUACCUGCAGUUGGGAACGUGGCUUUCAACUGUGUUUUUUACGUCCUCGGCAGCAAAAUAUUCAGAGACGAAUUCGUAGCCAUGUUUCGCAAACGUUUCUGCUGUCGCAAAGUUCACCCGAAUAAUGGAGCGGCAGCAAGUCAGACCCAAACACAGCCGAAAAAAAAUUGAUCAUCAAAGAACAAUCAAAGAAGCAGAGAGGAAACAAAACCUGAAGAAACCUCUGCAUCCCAUGUUUUUAUGUUUUUCCCACACACCCAAUGAUUAUU